GUCUCGUCGUUCUCUACCCAAACUCUCCAAACAUGUCCGGUCGCGGCAAGGGUGGCAAGGUCAAGGGAAAGUCCAAGUCCCGCUCCUCCAGGGCUGGACUCCAGUUCCCCGUCGGAAGAAUCCACCGUCUUCUCCGCAAAGGAAACUACGCUGAACGUGUCGGUGCUGGUGCUCCCGUCUUUGCCGCCGUGAUGGAAUACCUGGCCGCUGAGGUCCUGGAGUUGGCAGGAAAUGCUGCCCGUGACAACAAGAAGACCAGAAUCAUCCCCCGUCACUUGCAGUUGGCCAUCCGUAACGACGAGGAGUUGAACAAGCUCCUUUCCGGCGUUACCAUCGCCCAGGGAGGUGUCCUGCCUAACAUCCAGGCUGUGCUCCUGCCCAAGAAGACCGAAAAGAAGGCUUAA